AUGUGUGGUAUCUUCGGGUACAUCAACUACCUGGUGGAGAAGGAUAGGCGGUAUAUCAUCGACACACUCGUCAAUGGCCUCGCCCGCCUUGAAUACCGCGGCUACGAUUCGGCCGGCUUCGCCAUCGACGGUGACAAGAAGAAUGAGGUCUUCGCUUUUAAGGAGGUCGGCAAGGUGGCCAAGCUCCGCAAGCUGGUCGAGGAUGAGGCCCCGGACAUGACCAAGGUCUUCGACAACCAUGCCGGUAUCGCUCACACCCGAUGGGCCACUCACGGCUCGCCCAGCAGACUCAACUGCCAUCCUCACCGCUCCGACCCGAAGUGGGAGUUUGCGGUCGUGCACAACGGCAUCAUCACCAACUACAAGGAGCUGCGGGCGCUUUUGGAGCAAAAGGGCUUCAAGUUCGAGACGGAGACGGAUACCGAGGCCAUUGCCAAGCUGGCCAAGUACAUCUACGACAACAACCCGCACCUCGACUUCACCACACUCGCCAAGACCGUGAUCAAGGAGCUGCAAGGUGCCUUUGGUCUGCUGCUCAAGAGCGUACACUUCCCCGGCGAGGUCGUCGCCGCGCGAAAGGGUUCCCCCCUCGUCGUUGGUGUUCGCACAGCCCGCAAGAUGAAGGUGGACUUCGUCGACGUGGAGACUACCGACCAGAACGAAGCCCUUCCGGCCGAGACGGCCAGCCAGAACCUCGCCCUCAAGAAGUCGCCCGGUCUGCGCGCUUCUCUCGGAGCUAGUCUGCUCGCCCCACCGGAUAAGUCACUCCUCCACCGCUCCCAAUCCCGCGCCUUCCUUUCCGAUGAUGGCAUGCCACAACCCGCAGAGUUCUUCCUCUCCUCCGACCCUUCUGCCAUCAUCGAGCACACCAAGAAGGUCCUCUACCUCGAAGACGACGACAUUGCGCACAUCCACGAAGGCCAGCUCAACAUUCACCGUCUGAAGAAGCAGGGCGAGCACGACGGCACCUCCAACGUCCGCGCCAUCCAGACCAUUGAGAUUGAGCUGCAGGAGAUCAUGAAGGGCCGCUUCGAGCACUUCAUGCAAAAGGAGAUCUUCGAGCAGCCCGAGUCCGUCGUCAACGCUAUGCGUGGUCGUCUCAAUGUCGAGGAGAAGACUGUCACGCUCGGUGGCUUGAGGCAAUACAUCGGCACCAUCCGCCGCUGCCGCAGACUGAUAUUCAUCGCGUGCGGAACCUCCUACCACAGCUGCAUGGCCGUGCGUGGUGCAUUCGAAGAGCUGACCGAAAUCCCCAUCUCCGUCGAGCUCGCCUCUGACUUCCUCGAUCGCCAAGCUCCAGUCUUCCGCGACGACACAUGCGUCUUCGUCUCGCAGUCGGGUGAGACGGCGGACUCGCUCAUGGCUCUGCGAUACUGCUUGGAACGCGGCGCGCUCACCGUCGGUAUCGUUAACGUCGUCGGCUCUUCGAUCUCGCUCAUGACACACUGCGGUGUCCACAUCAACGCCGGCCCCGAAAUCGGUGUCGCGAGCACGAAGGCCUACACCAGUCAAUUCGUGUGCAUGAUCAUGUUUGCGCUGAGCUUGAGCGAGGACCGGGCGAGCAAGCAGAAGAAGCGGUUGGAGAUCAUGGAGGGUCUUGGCAAGAUCUCCGAGCAGGUCAAGGAGGUGCUGAAGAUGGACCAAGACAUCAAGAACCUGUGCCUGAAGUUCAAGGACCAGAAGUCCAUGCUUCUGCUCGGCCGUGGCGCACAGCACGCCACUGCUCUCGAAGGCGCGCUCAAAAUCAAAGAAAUCUCCUACCUCCACUGCGAAGCCGUCAUGUCCGGCGAGCUCAAACACGGCGUCCUCGCCCUCGUCGACGAAUCCCUCCCCAUCGUCAUGAUCCUCACGCGCGACGACAUCUUCUCCAAAUCCCUCAACGCCUACCAGCAAGUCAUCGCGCGCAAGGGCCGGCCCAUCGUCAUCUGCAAUACGGGCGACACGGAGUUUCCCGGCGAGAAGACGGAUAAGAUCGAGGUGCCCAAGACGGUGGAUAUUUUGCAGGGGGUGCUGAAUGUGAUUCCGUUGCAGUUGAUGGCGUAUUGGCUGGCCGUAGCGGAGGGGCUGAAUGUGGAUUUCCCGCGGAAUUUGGCGAAGAGUGUUACUGUGGAGUAG